UCGCACCGAAUCCAUGGUCCCACCCAUGUGUUAGGUAGUUUCUUCGGAGAGGUUGAUCGUGUUGAUUGAUGUGUCGUGGUUUUAACAAAUUGAUCGAUUGAUUUGCAUGCUUAAUUGAAGAUUGUGUUCCCGAAGUGAUCGUUAAAAUGAGUGGUGCAGGAAAAUGAUUCGCUACAAGGCCAUCAACCUCGAAAAUUUCAGACCAACGAUCGUGCAGCAUAGCGACUAGGAUUCCAGGGCAGAGCAUUCCAGAAGGCGGCGGCUAAAAGUGGCGGCUCUUGUGCGAGGAUUCAUCCAUCUCAACCCAAUCGCUCACCGAAUACACAUUGUGGUAGAUUUAUUUCCGUACAUGCGGACGACAAAGACCCAUCAACAUUGUCACCUGGCGUCACCGUAAUCCCGUGUCAAAAUCGAGAUAGAACAGGAUAGGAACCAGAAAAAAAACAGCAGCUGAAAAAUGAUGGCGGCAUCUUGUCCACCUUUCAACAAGCACAUCUUCAUCGGUGGAGGCCCACCGAGUGAGACCACCGGCAGCGAGAUUUCCUCGGUGGAAAGCGACUGGGGUGAUUUGCGGUUGAUUGCCGCCCAGCUGGGAGUGGCCAAUCCGGACGAUCUGCAUGUCGAGCGGUUCAAAGUCGACCGUCAGAAGCUGGAGGAAAUGAUCAAAGUUGAAGCGUAUUCAGAAGGGAUGAAUAGUGCUGAGGUAUUCUUCACUGACAUCAUGAAGGACACCACCACGUACGUCAGCUGGCCGUGCCGGUUGAAAAUCGGUGCGAAAACCAAAAAAGAUCCGCACAUUCGCAUCGUUGGCAAGAUGGCCGACGUUUUGAAGGCCAAGGAUAAAGUGAUGGCUCGAUUGGAUUCUCGGGGUAGCCGCGUCAUUAUGAAAAUGGACGUAUCCUACACGGAUCACUCGUUCAUAAUUGGCCGCGGGGGAAACAACAUCAAACGCAUCAUGGAGGAAACGGCGACCCACAUCCACUUCCCGGACUCGAACCGUUCGAAUCCAACGGAGAAGAGCAACCAGGUGUCGCUGUGCGGCAGCAUGGAGGGCGUCGAGCGGGCACGUGCGCUGGUUCGCAUCUCGACGCCACUGUUGAUCUCGUUCGAGCUUCCGAUCCUGGCACCGGGAAAAGCCCCACCAGACAACGAAACGCCAUUCGUCAAGGAGGUGGAGAAAGAAUUCAACGUGCAGGUCAUAUUUUCCACCCGACCCAAACUGCACUCGUCACUGGUGCUGGUCAAGGGGUCGGAAAAGGAAGAACUGAAGGUGAAGGAGGCCACCCGUCGGCUGAUGGAUUUCAUGUGCGAGAACAUUGCGAAUCAGAUACCGGUGCAAAUGCAGCUGGAAAUAUCCACCCAGCAUCAUCCGAUUGUGCUAGGACGAGCUUCGGGCAAUCUGCGAGAAAUUAUGAGCCGAACAGGAACACAGAUAAUGUUUCCAGAUGCAAACGAUGUGAACAUCAAGCCAAUCAAGCGCUCCCAGGUGACCAUUACCGGCACGAUAAAUGGCGUCUACCUGGCCAGACAACAGCUAAUAGGAAAUCUUCCGAUUGCAUUAAUAUUCGACUACCCGGAGAACACCGUCGACUCCGAAGAGAUAGCCAAGCUGAUGUAUUCGCAUGACGUUUUCAUUUCGGUACGACAGAAAUCUCGCCAGAGCACCCUUUGCAUCGUCAUCAAGGGAAUCGAAAAGUUUAUCUCCAAUAUUUACGAGGCACGCCAUCAGCUGCUUAAAUGCACCGGACCAAAGGUGGUGGCAGAGGUACCCCGAUCGUAUCUGGGGCCAAACGAGCAAGCACAGAAUUCCCAAAAUGUAUCCCAACUGUUGGCCGGUCCGACUCCUCAACCCUUCUCUCCACUGUCGCCAAUAAACCCAAUGCCAUUUGCGACAAAUGCAUGGCCAUCGCCGACCCCACCUCAGGAAUUCGCUUUAAAUCAAAUGCGCAAUCAAUUCCAAAACCUCCAGAUGGGAACUUCUAAAAUGCACCACCCUUUGGCAAUGCCACCAGGUUUGGGAAAAUCACAACUGCAUGCUAUGAACACAUCACUCCGACAGACGCAUUUGCAAGUUCCCGGAGCACAACAACAGCACCGUCUACAGUUAGGUGGGCGUAGUUCCGAUGCGGGCAUGUCAUGCCAAAAUACAAGUAACAGUAGCGCUGGAGGUGACCAUUCCAGUGGCUACCAUAGUCUCAAUUGCAGUAAUAGUUCGCUAGAUCAACAACUCCAAUCGAUACCGAGCUCUUCAGGUUCAGCUUCCACGUCGCUCAUCAACAGUUCUCCGGACACAAGCGGUAUUAGUAGUGUAGCGGCUUUGAACCGGUGCCGCCAUCUUAGCUACAGUGACAGUCCCCAGUACCAGACGGAUCUUUCGGACCAGCGGACGCCGAUGGCCUACGAGCAGAAGAGCACUCUCAACGAUACCUUCGUGUUCAACUUUGACCCACGUGUCGUUGCUGGCUACAAAGCGAUGCAUCUAUCGCCGCAGCAGGGAGAAAUUCGGACCCCGACACCGGCCUGGCAGGGAUUGGGUCUUAGUCAGACAUCGCCAGCCCCGCUGGAGGCUUGCGAUCUCAGUUGGGUUAACAACAGCGGUAGCAGCAGCAGUAGCGGCAACGAUUCACGCCUCAACAUGACUACCACGAUGAUCGAGGUCACUCCGAUGCGUCAACGUGAGCAGCUAUCGCAGUACAAUGACGUCACUUCCAUUCUGACCAGCCUGGGCCUGGAGCAUUACAUCAAAAACUUCAUCAACGGUGAAAUUGACAUGACCGUGUUUCAGACGCUCACCGAUCAGGACUUGCUGAAUCUGGAUAUUAGACCGUUGGGCGCAAGGCGCCGCAUAUUGAUGGCCAUUCACGAUCUGUAUACUCGCCAGCAUGGGAAUCCGUUUGCCAAUAUGUCACCGGCGUCGUCUUCGUCGUCGAUGUCACGUUUUUCUGGAUCGGCCGCACCCGGAGCAGAACGGCGAACUUCCAGCGGGCAGUGAUGGAUUCGAUAAUAGUGGUGCAGCGAAGAAAUUGGAAAGAAGUUAAAACACAACCUCAGGCAAUUCCGAACCAAUGCUCCAUCUACAUCCAAUAAGAACGAAAUUAAUUGCUCUGACAUUUAAUUAAUCGUUCCUCGCAACAAUAAUUACCCACGUUAUUCGCGUGGACAGCGAAUGUCAUCCCAGGCAGCAAUUGGAUAUUGAUUUAACGAGAAAACAACAACGGCUUACGGCGAACAAGAAAUUGCAUGUGUGAGCGUUUGUUCGCGCAAUAUCUGAAGGAUUUCUCAGACGUUGAGCCGGACGCCAAUCUGCCUCUACAAUGUAUUCAAUUUGUGCUAAAUCCUUUUGCGGAUUCAUCCCCCAGCAAACGGCCAUCUGUGUGCAAUUGAUCCGGAAAAGAUUGCCUCUACGACGACAUUCGUCCAAAGAAGUGUUCAAGUGCAGCAAGGAUGAAAUAUUUUUAAUUAAAUGCAACAUUUCCCCCCGGCUGCCACCAAUUGGACCACCACCGAACCCGGCAGAAAACAUUUCCUCACCAGACCAGAAUAUUUCCGUCCACAAAAUGGUGCACCAUCGUCACCGCCACCAUUCAUCGUCACCAUCUGCAUUAUAUUUAUUCAUUUUCAACGAACGACUCGGCCCAUUCACCACCUCCCGGGUGAUGCAUUUUCAUACCCCAUUCAACGAACACUGCAAAACUUCCCUCCCCAUUUUUUUCUCACUCAAAUUGCAUGCAUCUCAUCAAACUCGCACACGCUCAUAGAUAAGCUCAGUUUUUAAAACGUUUCGCAAAAAAUCCCUCUGUUUUCAUUAUCACAGCUUAAACCAUUCUCGAGUGGAGGACACGUCUUGGCUUUCCUCUAAUUAUGUUUCCAUACGGAUUUCACAAUGACCAGGGUAAUUUAAAUAAAAAUUCAAUUUCAUCCGCCAUUUGAAAGCCUGCUGCUGUGCCUAUCAAACGAGAACGGGGCUGAAUGAAAGCUGACGGGGGAUUUUUUGUUGCUUUCUAAGUGAAACGAAGCUUUGAUUGUUUUUUGUAAAGUCACAAUUUUAUAUAGUUAGUUGUUUCUAGAUCAAAGUUCCGUUUCGCUUGGUAAGGAAUAGAUUAGCAUAAUCCACACAUACACGCUAGCAUUUGAAUCGAUGCCACUUUGUAACACUGUUAGGCUGCCAAUACAGUGAAAUAGUAACUUGUAAGAGUAGAUCUCUACAGAUAGUGCGAAGGCCAACAACGAUUACCAGAAGGCUCAUUUCGGUUUCGCUCGGUUUCCAUUUAUUGUAAGCAAUGAAGAAUUUUUUAAUAUAAAUUGCAUGUUCAUUCAUCAUUCAGCAUUUAA